AAUAUAGCUACAUGCAAUUCAUUUGUUAAUAUCGUGGACUGUUGAUAUUUUGUAUAAUUCUUGUUUAGAAUAUCACUCAUAAUAGACCAAUCAAAAACAAUAAAAGACUAGUAUUCUUGUUAGUCUAAAUUGUCAAUUUUCGAGUCAUCUUUUCCAUACCAAACUAAUCUCCAUGGACUUAGAAUAGUAUCUGAUCAGUGGAUACAACAAAACUAGCUCUAAUACUGAUUCCAUAUGCUGCUUUGGCAAAUAUGAGUUCGGCUUCUGCUUCAGGUAUUUGUCUUUCCCCACUUGUUUCUUAGCAGUCAUUUAUUUAUACAACAGUGCAGUUUGAAGUUGGAUAUUCAUUUUUGGGUAGUAGUUUAAGCAAAUAAUUUGUUAGGGAUAAAAGUUAUAGCAAAUAAGCUGGGAUUUUUGUUGAAGUCUAAGGUUCUUCAUUUACAUGCUUGUGGAAAUUUGAUAUUGCAUCUGUAUCUAAUGCAACAUGUUCAAACUCAGAACUACUAGGUAAAGCAGACUCUGAUACCAUGGUAGCUAAUUGUAUGAGCUAACUAAAAGUUCAAAGAAAUUAUUUGGGAUCAAGCGGACAGUUCAUAAUUUCUCCAAUACUUCAUUUGGAUUACUUAUGGAUAAGAAAAUGAUUUCAAAAACGCAAUUUGUUUAUCCUGUUCUCCUUCUGAUGUUCUCAUGCCACAUCCUGAAAUACAGUAAUGCUGAAACGGACACAAUCUCACGAGGGCAAAACCUCAGUUCCUCAGAAACUAUAGUAUCAGCUGGUCAAAUGUUUGAACUAGGAUUUUUUACCCCUGGCAAUUCGAUGAAUUACUAUGUGGCAAUUUGGUACAAGAAUAUCUCGGAACCAACAGCUGUUUGGUUAGCAAACCGAGAUUAUCCCUCCACUGCUUCUGCAGUUCUCAGCAUUAGUGUUGAUGGGAACCUAGUGAUUAGGCAAGAUCGGAUAAUUUACAUGGUGACAGAUAUAGCAUCUAAUGGAAAUGUGAGUGCUACACUGUUGGAUUCAGGAAACCUUGUUGUGAGAGAUGAGAAAUCUAAUAUCUUAUGGCAGAGCUUCGAUUUCCCUACGCACACUUUCUUGCCUGGGAUGAAACUUGGAUAUGAUAAACGGAAUGGAAAAUGUUGGUCAUAUGUCUCUUGGAAAAGUGCUAAUGACCCUACUCAUGGAAAUUUCACCUUGAAAAUGGAUUCCAGCCAAGAAAAGCGGGUUAAGAUCUUGAACGGUGAUGAAAUGUACUGGAGAUCUAGGCCUUUGGAAGAUGAUAACAUGUACAACUUUAACUUUGUUUCUGAAUUUGACAUCACUUAUCUCACUUACGACCUCUAUAGGAAAGACAUGAUUAGUAGAUUUAUGAUUGAUGCAACGGGACAGUUAAGACAAUAUGUAUGGUUAGAAAAUAAGUGGGAUCUGUUCAACUCCCAACCUAGACAACCGUGCGACGUUUAUGCUUAUUGUGGUGCCGAUGCAAGCUGCACCAAUGAUUUAUCACCAUAUUGUAGCUGUUUACCUGGAUUUAAACCUAGAUUACCCGAGUCUUGGAAGGAUGGAGUUCAUAGGGAUGGGUGCUCAAGGAAAACUGAUUUGCAAUGUGGCAACAACACUAAUAUCAAGGGUGCAGGAGAUGGAUUUCUUAAGCUGUCUAACAUAGUAGUACCAAAGGAACAGCUGAUUCUAGAGGUUCAGAGUAUUGGUGAGUGCAGGUCAUCCUGCUUGAGUAACUGUUCCUGUACCGGUUUUUCGUAUAUCAAUCAAAAUUGCUCCAUCUGGAUCGGUAAUCUUAUUAACGUGCAGCAACGCUCAGCUGAUGACAUUUCUGGAACAGAUUUUUUCCUCAAACUAGCGGCAGCAGAUUUGGAAACUGGAAGGAAUAAGAUAAAGCAAUCAAUUAUUAUAUCGGUGACCGUUUCUGUGACAAUUCUUUCUUUAGCCCUGCUCAUUUGGCAAGUGAAGAUGAAAAAGAACAAAAGAAAAGGUGAGGACUUGUUAUCAUUUGAACUUAGUAUUAGCCCAGCGCCUACCAAACAUGAACAAUUGAAGGUAAAACGACAACGGAAACUUAAGAAGGAAGUGGAGAUUCCAAUAUUCAGCUUUUCUAGCGUGUCUGCUGCUACCAAUAACUUCUCCUUCUCAAAUAAACUUGGAGAGGGCGGUUUUGGACCUGUAUACAAGGGAACAUUACUAAAAGGGAAUGAAGUAGCUGUAAAAAGGCUCUCAAGAAAAUCUGGACAAGGUUUGGAUGAGUUAAAAAAUGAGGCAACGCUCAUGGCCCAACUACAACACAAGAAUCUUGUGAAACUUCUUGGUUGCUGCAUUGAAGGAGAUGAAAAGAUUCUUGUCUAUGAAUAUUUGCCAAAUAAGAGCUUAGACAUUUUCCUCUUUGGAACCAAAAAAAUGUUGACACUACCUUGGGGAACUCGAGUUGGAAUCAUUGAAGGGAUUGCUCAAGGUCUUCUUUAUCUGCAUCAGUAUUCCAGGCUACAAAUUAUUCACAGGGAUUUGAAGGCCAGCAACAUUUUGUUAGAUGAAGACAUGAACCCCAAAAUUUCAGACUUUGGGAUGGCAAGAAUUUUUGGAGGCAGUGAACCACAAGCUACUAAUCGAAUUGUUGGGACUUAUGGCUACAUGGCUCCUGAGUAUGCUUUGGAAGGUGUCUUCUCUGUCAAAUCAGAUGUCUUCAGCUUCGGUGUUUUGUUGUUAGAGAUUUUAAGUGGCAGGAGGAACACUGGUUUCUAUCAGAGCAAUUCUCUCGAUCUUCUUGGAUAUGCAUGGGAUAUUUGGACAAGCGGAAGGCCUCUGGAGUUGAUGGAUCCUGCAAUGAAAGAUGUUUCUUCUGCCAAUGCAGCAAUUAGGUACAUUAAAAUUGCACUUCUUUGUGUUCAAGAACGUGCAGCGGACAGACCAACCAUGCCUGAUGUUGUCUUGAUGCUGAGCAAUGAACUUACCUUCUUACCUUCUCCAAAGCAACCAGCUUUCUCAAAUGUCAGAAGUAUGGUAGACUCAAUCCACAAUUCAAGUCAGAGUCAGCCAGAGAUUUUCUCUGAAAAUAAACUAACAAUCUCAGUUGUAAAUGCUCGAUGAAACUUUGAACUUGUUUAGUUAUUUUUUCCUUUCAUAACCAAAAUGAGAUGUUUUCAGAACACCAAGAAGA